UAUUAACAGUGCCACACCUCACACACACGACGUGAGAUUGUUCAAUGUGUGUCCGUGGUGAUUGUAAUUUUGUUUUCCUCCCAAGGUCUCGCUAAAUUGAGCACCGCUUGGUGAGACGGUUCCACUUGGUUUUUAAGGAGAGCAGUGGGGGGGGGGGGGGUUACUCUGGGAUGUACUGGUUCCCGUCUUAAGACUGUGGAAGCUGUGGUGCUUGACACGGGAAUGCUGUAUCUGAAAACGGAUACUGCUGUGGGUCGGCACAAUAUCAUGGCAGGUCCACCUGUGCCAAUAAAUACAUGCCAAAAGGUAGAAAUUAUAUUUUUUGUUGACAAGCCAAGACUAGGGGUCAUGGGUGGUCAUAAUAAUAAUAUAUUAGACUAAAUUAACACAUUCUUAGACUCCAAUUCAUCUGUAAGUUUGAUCCAUUGACAAUAUCUCGUCUGUUUCCAUAACAGUACGAUUACUGUAACAAUUCUAGACCAGUUUACCCACCAAAAUACAGGAUAUCCUUAAUGGACCACAAUAUAGGCUUACAUUUUCACUUCAAACGGUAGUUUUAACUCAACUGCAUUUUUAUAAUUGAUCACAGUCGUUUAAUCGCUAUCACUCAUUGCAAAUAAACACCGCUAGCUUUGCUUAUUCUGAGGUCAUGACUUUACCUGCUAUGUAAAAAAAUAGGAAUCCCGCAACUGUUAUAGGCAGGUCACAUUGGGGUCACGACUCAACUGGACACAGUGGCAUACCGUUAAGCUUGCACUUAUAUCGAUUUCAUUCAUGACCUCCGCCCACCCCCGUUUUCUAAAAAGCGUCUCCACCAGCUUGCAGGAAACCUGAGCCCACUGUGGCCUCACGUGAUUCUUGUUUUGCUUGAGAGUGUGAUAUUGUAUACAGGCUGAAGCAGAGGUUUGAGGAAAUCUCGUUUAUGGUUCUUGAGAUAGAAAUGGUCCGUGGAUAUGCUUCGUGAGUCUUAUGAUUGGUCGCUACGUUGUGACAACUUGGGCACCUGAGUGCGUUACUGUGUAUGGUGGGCUUGAGGUGAGAUGAGAGAAGUGUAAGGUAAACAUUGUUUAGUUUGAUUAUAGAUGCAAGUAAUAGAAGUGAUACAAAUGUACAAUGUAUGUUUGAGAUAUUUGCCUUCAAGCACAAGGCAGUAUAGGUAUUAAACAAUCUUGACACGAUUGACCUUUAGCUCGUCGUAAUGUGGCCCUGUGUUGGUAUGAUUCUCUUAUUCUUUGGCCCAAGAUAAUUGUUUCUCAUUGACCUUCAAAGCAAGGAUAUUUAACCGUUAGCAUCAAAUUCUCCAUAAAGGGUUAAAAGUCUACUACAAAACAAAUUGUAUAUAUUGUACCCUGAGUCAUUAGAACAUUUAAAUUAUAAAACAAGCAUGUUUUGUGCAAUAUCAAAAGUUUAGCAUUUCUAAUCACCAUCAUUCGUGUAUACAUUGUAUUUGCGUUAUACAUGGGUUAUCAUAGGCUGCUUGACUAAACUGUGAACACCAGCUAAAAUCUAUCUUUUACUCUUUUUUACAACACACAGAUCACCAUUUCCUGCCACAAUGGUUCUGGACGAGCUAACCAGUGCAGCAAAUGCAUUCAACAUUUUCUCACAGCAAGACCUCACUGUCAACAGCCCAGCCACCACAUUGCGAAUUCUCAUGUUUAUGGAAGAACAAUUACAGAUCACUAUGGUGUAUGGUAUCCUUAUUGGUGCUGCAGUGGCUUUGCUCGUAAUUGCUGUGGUCAUUUUCUUUGUCUACAAAAAACUCAAGCAGAGAUACCUUCAAAGGCAAGAUGUUCCAAGGUAUAGAUUUCGCAAGAGAGACAAAGUCAUGUUUUAUGGGCGCAAGAUCAUGAGGAAGAUGUCUCAGUCAACCUCCGCACUGGUGGAGAAUGCUACGACAAGCACACAGAGGAGUCGUCUCAGAAAAAGACAGAAGGUCCUCAAUUUGGCGAAAAAUGGAAUGAAAAGAAUAUUGCGCUUUAAAAAGGAGCUGCCAACGCUACAGCCGAAGGAACCACCGCCAGCUUUGCUAGAGGCUGACCUGAGUGAGUACGAGGUAUCUGACUCAAGGCUGCCCUCCGAGGUCCUCUACAUGCUGAAGAACGUACGGGUGCUUGGUCACUUUGAGAAGCCCCUUUUCUUGGAGCUGUGCAAGCACAUGGUGUUUGUGAAGUUCCAUGAAGGAGAGCACAUCUUCCGGCCAGGGCAGCCGGAUGACUCCAUAUACGUACUGCAGGAUGGCCUGUUGGAAGUGUGCAUCACCGAGAGUGAUGGAACAGAGGCUGUGGUCAAGGAGGUACACCCAGGGGACAGCGUGCACAGUCUGCUCAGCAUUCUGGACGUAAUCACAGGUUACCCAGCACCUUACAAGACAGUGUCCGCCCGGGCAGCUGUUAACUCAACGGUUCUUCGUCUUCCGGCAGAAGCCUUCCAGUCCGUCUUCCAGAAGUACCCAGAGACCCUCGUCCGAGUUGUGCAGAUUAUUAUGGUGCGCUUACAACGAGUGACUUUCCUGGCUCUUCACAACUACUUAGGGCUCACGAACGAGCUCUUCAGUGCAGAAUGUAAAAAGAUGCCAAAAAAGGAGAGUCAAGCCAUCCCGCUGUCUAACCUGGGCAGCCUGUCUCCGAAGGCCAGUCCGGUGAGGUAUGGCAAGCGUGGCUCUGUCACCUCGCUGGGGACAGUAUCCGAACAGCCCAACAAGUCUUCCGAGCCCCAGCCCACACCAGCUGGCUCAGAGGGUGCAAAAAAUGCUGCUCAAGAGCGCAAUAGUCGCUUAAACUUAAGUCGUUCCAUUUCCAUGCCUGUGGAUAUCACAAGCACAGAUCACAAUCCCUCCAGUCCUUCCGCUUGCCCAUCCAAAGCAUCACCAACAGACCUGGACAUGGCAUUUCAAAGAGCACGCAUUGGUAUAUCUCCAGAGGAGGUGGUCCCCUCACAGCCUGAAAAGCAGAUUGCAGUGCCAAAGGAUGGAGUCAAGGAGAAGCGGGUGACCGUGAUGGAGCUGCCCUCCAUAGUUCAUCAUUACCCGGCAUGCAUGGAGGGCGACGAUUUUGAUUUCGAUAUGAGUCCGCAUGAGGGCAAAAUUGAGGGCCAUAAUGUCUGUGGCUGGGGAGACCGAGACAAGAUGGACAGCAAGCUGGAAGCAGCCAAGAGAGAUUUGCUAACUCUCGUCAAAUUGCAGGAUCCCUCACUGCUCAAUGGUCGGGUAACCUUGCACAAUGUGAAGGCUGGUGCGAUGGUGGCCCGGCAAGGAGAUCAGGAUGUGAGCAUCCACUUUGUGAUCUCGGGCUCACUUCACGUGUACCAGCGGCUCAUCGGCCGCGAGGAAGAGGUGCUCCUCUUCCUGGCUCACCCGGGAGAGAUCGUAGGACAGCUGGCUGUGCUCACAGGCGAGCCUCUCAUCUUUACCAUCCGUGCUGUCAAGGACUGCACCUUCCUCUGCAUCUCCAAGGGCCACUUCUACGAGAUAAUGAGAAAAGAGCCCAGUGUGGUGUUGAGCGUGGCGCACACGGUGGUUAAACGGAUGUCCGCAUUUGUGCGACAAAUCGACUUUGCGCUCGACUGGGUGGCAGUGGAAGCGGGGAGAGCUGUUUACAGACAAGGAGACAAGUCGGAUAGCACGUACAUUGUGCUCAGUGGACGACUGCGGUCGGUUAUCAGCAACGACAACGGCAAGAAGGAGCUGGCGGGAGAGUAUGGCCGUGGGGAUCUUAUCGGAGUGGUGGAGGCCCUCACGUAUCAACCACGGGCCACCACGGUGCAUGCCGUCCGUGACUCAGAGCUGGCCAAGCUCCCAGAGGGGGCCCUCAAUACAAUAAAACGGCGAUACCCUCAGGUGGUGACACGGCUCAUACAUCUUUUGGGACAGAAGAUUCUGGGAAACCUUCAGCAAGGGAAAGGACCUUUGGGAGGUGGUGGGCUGGGCAUUGCCACAGUGCCAAAUAAUCUGGACAUGGUCGCAAAUCCAGCGAGCAACCUGUCUACUGUGGCCAUCCUACCAGCCUCAGACGACGCCCCCAUCACCACCUUCACGCUGGAGCUCAUGCACGCCCUCUGUGGUGUUGGUCCUCCACUGCUGUUGAAUAGUGACAUCAUCAAGGAGCGGUUAGGGCUGGCUGCCCUUGACAGUCUGCACGAGUACCGACUGUCAAGCUGGCUGGGCCAGCAGGAGGACAUCCACCGCAUCGUCCUGUAUCAGACCGAUAUCACCAUGACUCCGUGGACCCAGCGGUGCCUGCGCCAAGCCGACUGCAUCCUCAUUGUGGGCCUCGGGGACCAGGAGCCAACUGUUGGCAGCCUGGAGCGCAUGCUGGAGAGCACGGCCGUGCGAGCGCUGAAGCAGCUCGUGCUGCUGCACCGUGAGGAUGGGCCCUCCCCAGCACGUACCGUCGAGUGGCUCAACAUGCGCAGCUGGUGCUCGGCGCACUUGCACAUCCGCUGCCCCCGCAGAAUCUUCUCUCGCCGCAGCCUCCCGAAGCUGAGAGAAAUGUACCAGCGGUUGUUUGAGAAGAUCCCUGACAGACACAGUGACUUUUCACGUCUGGCCAGAGUGCUCACUGGAAACACCAUAGCACUGGUGUUGGGUGGUGGAGGUGCCCGGGGCUGCUCCCAGGUGGGGAUCAUUAAAGCCAUGCAGGAGGUGGGCAUCCCCAUUGACAUGGUGGGAGGCACCUCCAUUGGCUCCUUCAUCGGGGCACUUUACGCGGAGGAGAGGAAUGUGGGACGGGUGCGGACUCGUGCCAGAGAAUGGGCCAUGGAAAUGAAGUCGGUGUUCAGAAAAGUGCUGGAUCUUACUUACCCGAUCACCUCCAUGAUGUCAGGACAUGCUUUCAACCAAAGCAUUAGAAAUGUGUUCAAGGACAAGCAGAUCGAGGACCUUUGGAUUCCCUACUUUAAUGUUACAACUGACAUUACUGCCUCUACCAUGAGGGUGCACACCGACGGCAGCGUGUGGCGCUUCGUCCGGGCUAGCUCCUCUUACGCCCCUUAUGUGCCCCCGCUGUGUCACCCUAGGGAUGGACACUUACUUGUGGAUGGCUGCUAUGUUAACAAUGUCCCAGCUGACGUGGCCCGGUCAAUGGGGGCCAAGACUGUCGUAGCCAUUGAUGUGGGCAGCAGAGAUGACACAGACCUCACAAAUUACGGGGACUGCCUGUCAGGCUGGUGGUUGCUCUGGAAGAGAUUCAACCCCUGGGCUGAGAAGGUCAAGGUGCCGGACAUGGCAGAGAUUCAAUCGCGCCUUGCGUACGUGUGCUGCGUGCGGCAACUGGAGGUUGUGAAGAACAGCGACUACUGCGAGUACAUCCGCCCACCAAUCGAUCGCUACAAGACCCUGGACUUCGGAAAGUUUGACGAAAUUUACGAGAUGGGCUACCAGCACGGCAAGACGGUGUUUGAAGCCUGGGAAAGAGGCGAUGUCAUUGAAAACCUGUUGAAAGACGGACAGUCGGAGGACUUCUGCAAGAGCAAGAAGCUUGAUGUGCUGACAUGUCCAAAUGCCUCAUUCACUGAUCUUGCUGAAAUUGUUUCAAGAAUUGAACCAGUUAAGGUCUUGCCCUCCGUGGAAGACGAACGGGAUUAUGAUGCAGGCGAUGAGGGGCUGGAUGAGGAUUACCUCAGUUUCCAAGCAACCCUUACUGCGGAUGAGUCGGACAACCAGACAGACUACGAGGACGAGUGUGCGGACCAGCUGUUGGCUGCAGAGAUUGACGAUUGCCUUGCUGAACACGAGGAUAUGUUUGAAACGGAUGAAGAGCAGCAACUGAGAAAAAGGAAUCCUCAUAAUCUCAGAGGUUUUACUGAAAGUGAUGUUCAAUAGAGAAUUGCACUUAAGUGGAAGUGGUUUAUUUCAGCAAUGCAAGUAAUAUGGAAGUAUCGUGUGAAAUUAACGUAUUGGUGAGAAGUUAAUACGAUCAAGAAAAAAAUUGCCUCACUUCUUUGAUUAAUGAACAUAAUGUUCAGCUACACCUUUUUUUACGUUAAACAAUGUUUUUUUUGUAAUUUGCAUUUACUACUGAUUAGUCCUGUAACAAAUAACACAGGCUGUGUCUCUGAAAGGGUUAAUUAAAAGUACUGUAUAAUUGAAGUAGGCAACUUAUGCCAUUCCAGGGAUUGAAUGUCAGUGUACCUUUUAAGCCAAAUGUGCCUUAAUAUGGGUUGUCCAGAGUGUUCCCAUCAGGCAUUUAUACAAGUGAUAAUUGAAUAUUCUGUAGUAUCUGCUUGUAUUUCUUCUUGAUUGUCUUGACGUACUUUGACGAGUGCACUCUGCAGAACCAAACAUGUCACAUUUGGCUCGUUGGAGAGAAAUUUAGCGUAGCACUUGCGUGCAAAUGAUGCGAUGGGAAUGAUCAUUUGUUUUCUGCCACAAUUUGUCAAAAUCUAAUAAUGGAGAUUACACUGCGCACACACGUAGACAAGCGUGCACUCAUUACAUUUCAAAUCCCAAGUUUAUUAAAACACCAGGGGCAUAUUGAAUAGAGAUGGUGAAAUACUACUGUAGAGUACAGUGUUCAGAAAUGAUCAGGGCUACCCAAUCCGUUCCCAUAAUUUUUUUCGCGUUCAGUCUGUUGUCCUUCCCCCGUACCUCCGAUUAGCACGGUUGGCUUCGUGUGGAACCCAGUGAGUGUAAUUGGGAAAACAAGCACAUGUUUACGCGCUUUUUUGAAGGCACUGUGUGCGGUAAGCCCUAUGUCGGCCCUGACCAGGAGCCAAAUUCAGACGUCGAAAUUCACUUUUCUUUGUGUCCCUGGUGCAGGCUGUUGAUUUCAUGGUUAUACUGCAACAAGCAAUGCAAACAGUAGUGUGUAGUUUAUUGUCAGUAAUGACUGUUAUUUGCUCAUGUACUCACUUGGCUGUAAUAAUUGCUGCUCUUAUGUCUUGUACCAUUUUAUUUGAAAGACUGCACACAUCACACUAUGUACUGCAUUUGUAGCUAAUAUGUUUUUUUUGCAUACGUUUUUCUUUAUAUUGCCAAUGUAUACUAUUUAACUUGUGGUUUUAAAGUGCUGUUUAUAAAAACCAAAGACGUUGUGCCAAUACAGUGGAUAUAUUUUGCCGUCUUAGCAUUGACAUUUUUUUCCUGUUUUGCGAUUUAGAAGUUAUUUAGCUCUAACAUUUUCCUCCUGUACAUUAUGCUGUGAUUGAAGGAAUAUUUGACAUGUAAUUGUUUUAAUUUGCAAGUCUACGUGAUGUAUAAUUUUAAACGUUCACUUUAUAAAGUGGUGAAUUGCUGAA